AUGACUUCAACGAAAACUGAUCCAAUUAAUGAUAUAGAAACUUCUGUUACCUCGGUUCUUUCUUCAAUUAAUACUUCUCCUCAUUCUCCAACUUUUCAAUCUUUCUCUCCUCGUACUUCUGUUCCUUCUUCUCCAAUUGGUCAUCAAAAGAUGAAUAGUUCUUCGGAAAUAACCACUCAUUCUUAUCGUGACUCUGGUUAUUUCAGAGAUACUUUGACAAGAGAACAAAUGAGCGCUCAAAGAACUAUUAAAGAAUUGGAAAAGAAAGUUGCUGAUCUUACUGCUGAAAUCGAUCGUUCAAAAAGUGAACAUCAAGAAUCAAUCGAUUUGAAUAGAACUCAUGUUAGAAAAAUCAAACAAAUGGAACUUGAAUUGUCACAGGUUAAAAUCGUUAAUAAAACUAUGUUGGAUGAUAAUAAAAAGUAUCAAUCAAUGUUGAAUGAUAAGGAUGCCGAGUUAAAAGAAUUGUAUGAGAAUGAAGUGGCAAAGAAUGCCGCUUUGAGUAAGAAGGUUACCGACUCUUCCGAUUUAGACGUUGAAAUUAAUCGUUCUGGUGGUGAACGUGUUCAUAAAGAAAGUGAUCAUACUUUAAUUGAAGAACUUCAAAAUGAAAUCAAGUCCCUUAAAGAAGAUAACCAAUCAAUGAAUCAAUAUAUUCAAAAAAUGUUAAAUCGAAUAAUGGAAGUGGACGGAUUUGAAGAAACUUUGGCUACAAAUUGGACUCCUGAUUCUCAAAAAAAGAUUUCAAAAGUUAACAAUAGUCGUACUUCUGCUCCGGUAUCACCAAGUCCAAAAAAUACUUCUAACGAUUCUUCAAAUGAUUCACUUCCAUUAAAACCACGUAAUAAAUCUUUAUCGGAUUUUAAAUUUCCACGUACCACUCCUCCUUCAAAUUCUUCAACUGCUAACUCCUCAUCAUCACCCACUACUACGACGUCUAAAUUUUCUCUUACUCCCCUUACUACUUCUUUAAUUAAUUCUCUCUCUUCUCAAAAUGUAAAUGAAGAGAUAAUAAUUGAAAAUGAUUCAGAUAAUUCUUCAAAUGGUCUACGACCAAAUACCAAUGUUCCUAGACGUUCUCAAACUAUGAGCAAUGGCUCUAAUAAAAGAUUUAGCAUAUUGAAAUGGGGUUCCUACGCCUUUGGUACUAAUGCUGCGGCUCUGGCUGCUGCUAAAAAAGAGGAUCCAAGGAUGAAACCCAUUUUACUCGUUGAAAAAAAUCGUGAGUAA